AUGAGCUCUUCUGCUGAUUUGCCAAGGAAGGACAGAAAGAUCAAGCCUUCCGCAUUGUGUGAACUUUGCCAUGGCCGAAAGGCCGUCAUGAAAAGACCAAAGAAUCUCCAGAAGCUUUGUAAGGAGUGCUUCUUUUUGGUUUUCGAAACGGAAAUUCACAACACAAUCACUUCCGCAAAGCUCUUCCAGAAAGGUGAAAAGGUGGCUAUUGGAGCCUCGGGAGGCAAAGAUUCUACUGUCCUUGCCUCGAUCUUGAAAACCUUGAAUGAACGAUAUGAAUAUGGUCUUGAACUCGUGCUCCUAUCGAUCGACGAAGGUAUCAAAGGUUAUAGAGAUGAUAGCUUGGCGACAGUGAAGAGAAAUCAGCAGCAAUAUGAGAUGGAGCUAGAAAUUGUAUCCUACAAGGAACUCUACGAUUGGCUGAUGGAUGAAAUUGUGUCAUGCGCUGGAAUCAGAAGCAGCUGUACUUAUUGUGGUGUUUUGAGAAGGCAGGCAUUGGAUAGGGGUGCAGCAAAACUUGGUAUCCACCAUGUUGUGACUGGCCACAAUGCCGAUGACAUGGCGGAAACUGUUCUUAUGAAUAUUCUCCGAGGAGACACGGCACGUCUCGAAAACUCAUGCUCAAUUCUCACUCAAUCCUCAGGGUCCCCAAUCAAAAGGUCAAAGCCUUUCAAGUACUCAUACCAAAAAGAAAUCGUCCUUUAUGCGCACUAUAAAAAGUUGGAUUAUUUCUCUACCGAAUGCACAUAUGCUCCAGAAGCUUUUAGAGGCACAGCAAGGGAGCUUUUGAAGGGUUUGGGCGCAAUCCGUCCGUCGUGCAUUAUGGACAUUAUUUAUAGCGGUGAACAUUUUGUUCUUGCUCAAAAAAAGAAGGUGACCAAGAGCUACAAAAAUGGAAGAGAUAAGAAGGCCGCCACAGCAGAAGAUGAGCAGGAGAUCAACCCCGAUGGCUCUGUUGCGUUAAAAACCACCAAGAGGGAUGGAAACACUUGCGAGAAGUGUGGCUACAUCACUUCCAACAAAAUUUGCAAAGCUUGUGUGCUUCUAGCCGGUCUCGAAGCAAGUAGAGCCAAGGCGAGUGUAGAUGGAUCGGAGGAAGGUGCGGCCAAACUUGGAAAAACUUUAGAACUUUUGAGCUUCUAG